AUGGGUAUUCCAGGGCUCAUUAACGCCAUCGGCGCGGGAGAACGCAUCUCUCUGGCCAAAUUGGCUGUAACGCAUCUGGAACGGACAGCAAGACCGAUUCGUAUCGCCGUCGACAUUUCGAUUUGGCUGUUCCAAGUUCAAGCAGGCCGGGGUGGAAGAAAUCCCGAACUGCGCACUCUAUUUUAUCGACUGCUCAAAUUGCUUGCAUUACCAGUUCAUCCUCUUUUUGUCUAUGAUGGAAGACAAAAGCCUGCUUUCAAAAGAGGCAAAGCAGUCUCUGCGCGCAGCUACGGCAGUGCCCCUAUCAUCAGACGUUCAAAAGACCUCAUUGAACGAUUCAGAUUCCCAUGGCAUGAAGCACCCGGCGAAGCUGAAGCUGAGUGUGCACGUUUGCAGCAGGCAGGAAUUGUGGAUGCCGUCAUGAGUAAUGAUGUCGAUGCCUUGAUGUUUGGGUCAUCAUUGACUAUCAUGAACUUCUCGAAAGAGAAUGGCAGUGGCACAGCUUCUGCAACUCAUGUCACAUGUUAUGCAAUGGGACAGAACGGGCACCCUUCAAACAUACCCCUCGACCGCCCGGGAAUGAUUCUCUUCGCCAUGCUGAGCGGUGGAGACUAUCUCCCAUCUGGUGUACCCAAAUGUGGAAGCAAACUCGCCGCAGAAAUUGCCAAAGCUGGGUUUGGUGAAGAUCUCCUGCAAGAGCUAGACUCGGAUUCAGACGUGGACACAGGAUUGACCGAGUGGAGAGAGCGUCUUCAGUACGAACUGGAAGAGAAUGAGAGUGGCUAUUUUACGACAAAACACAAAGCCGUCAGGAUCCCCGAAACAUUCCCCGACCGAACCAUUCUUGAAUACUAUGCUCAGCCGAAAGUUUCCAGCGACGAAGAAAUGUCAUUUCUGAGAAGCCGUCUUAGGCAGGCCUGGGAUCGAGACAUUGACCCCUUGGCAAUCAGAACUUUUGCCGCAGAACAUUUUGAAUGGAAUUAUCGAUCUGGCGCAAGAAAAGUGAUUAAACUAUUGGCCGAGCCUCUUGUUUCCUACCGACUCCGCCUUCAGAGACCAGUGCGAGGUGUGGCUCCAGGCUUCUCAUUCGUUCCUGAAUGUCCACCCACUUUACAAAAAGCUUAUAAAUGUCGGUCAAGCUUCGGCACGGAUGCAAUGCCAGAGCUACAGCUGGAUAUGCUGCCUAUAGAUGUUGUUGGGUUGGAUCUUCUUGCUGAAGAGCCAAAUCCACCACUCCCAUCCGAGGAGCCUGUUCCAUCUCAAGCAACUCCACAAGAGGGAGAGGAGGAAGAUGAAACAGAGAUGGCCUCGGAACAGGCUCCCCCAACACCGUCAAAGUCCCGAGUGACGAAACGAUAUGACCCUUUUUCCAUCGAAAAGGUAUGGGUCUUUGAGACCGUUGCACGGUUAGGUGUUCCAGACAUCGUGAAGAAGUGGGAAAACGAACAGGCCGAGAAAACCGAGAAAGCAAAGAAGCCUGCCAAAAACACUCCUACUCGACGCAUGGCACCUAAGAAGAAGGGACCAAUUGAUCCUGGGAUGAAACGAGGAAGUAUCCUGAAAUACGGAACGCUUACCAAAGAAACCACCGAAUUGUCAGCAUCCAAACAGACACAGUUGCUAGAAGCAGCUAUUUCGAAAAAAUCGACCACGGACCCUCAUUCCAGGCUUGGAUCCGGUUCCGGCUCUACUUCACCAGUUGUCGUUGACAUGGAACAUGGUCCAGUCUCCCCAAGUAUGUAUGCUCAGCAGGGUGCCACGCCGAUGAUGUCCUACUCAUCCCAAGAGGUUGACGAUCUCCUGGAUACCUUUUCUUCCAUUACCUUGUCCCCUUCUGCAAAUAUCAAGCGCCACCCCAUGGCAGCUCAGUCUCGCAUCAGGUCAAGGCGCGGACUUUUGGGGACCGAUGGAAUCGAGAUUGAAGAAUCGGAGACCCUACACGCGGAAAUAAAUCAUAGUCCGUCCAAGCCAACGCGAUCCAGGGGCCUCAAAAUAAGCUACUCAAUUUCGGACUAUUGUGACUCGGAAACCUCGAUCGAGGAAUCACCAGCCAGGGCCCUGAUUGCUCCGCCCUCUCCAUCCAAAAAGACUCGAUCCAAGGCAAAGAAAGCAACCGAGCCUCAGUACGAAGAGGGAAGCCUAGCUGUCGAAGAGAUUGGAAGGGCCAUUGAGACCCUUUCGUUGUCAAUAAAGCUUGAUGACUAUAGUGAAGAUGCACCAGCUAGGCCAUUGCGUCAACCUUCACCGAGAAAGGCAAAAGAACCCAAAGUUCGUACGCGGACCACUAAGAUCGAGGCCACUAAAUCAUCUCUGUCUCCCAAGCAGACGGCAUCUGAGCCGGAGAAACCAUCAAGCUCAACGAAUUCAGUCCCACUAAAAGACAAAGAGUGUCAUGAGAACGCGGUGUCAUUGAAGAAAACCGAAUGGGAUGCCAAAAAUCCAAAGCAGACCACCAAAAAGCCUUCGAAAGAAACCACAAGCAACAAACAGGACCACAAAACCGUGGGUCACUUAGAGGGCAUCACCAUACACAAUGGUUUCUGGAGCAUCGACUCCUCGCCUGGGGACUCAGCAGACCCAGAUGGAGUCGAAAGCAAAGCCCGAGGCGGCAAGAAAAAGAGGAUCCCACGUGUGAGCAUCCUCGACUUGAUUUAG